CCAAGUCAAAAGCCCAAUAGCCUGUAUGGCUCCGCUACGCUCCUCUCCAGUAUCAUCCUCUGACAACUGACUUCGUCUAUUCAAAACUCAACCGACCAAAACAGAAAGUUCAAAUCAGCCUGCUUUCGUUUUGUUUCACCAUGGAAACCCUAGCCGUUGGCUCCCGUCAACUGCCUUCAACUCUUACAUCACCGUCAACGGUCUCCGUUAACUUUCGCGGCAGAGCCUCCAGCUCUCUAGCUCUGCUUCGCGCCACUCCGCGUGUCCGUACAUUGAGAUGCUCGGCCCUCUCAUCUCCUUCAUUAGCGGACCAAUCAGAGAAGUUUGUAGAGGCUUCAAAGAAAGGAAAUUUAAUUCCUCUGUAUCGAAGCAUAUUCUCUGAUCACUUAACUCCUGUGCUUGCAUACCGGUGUCUGGUUAAGGAGGAUGACAGAGAUGCUCCAAGUUUUCUGUUUGAGUCAGUUGAGCCGGGUUCCAAGGACUCUAAUGUUGGGCGGUACAGUGUUAUUGGAGCCCAACCGUCCAUUGAAAUCGUAGCAAAAGAGAACAUGGUUACCAUUAUGGACCACAGAGAAGGGUGUAGGACAGAGGAGAUCGUGGAAGAUCCAAUGACUGUUCCCCGGAGAAUCAUGGAGGGAUGGACACCCCAACUUGUUGAUGAACUUCCAGAAGCAUUUUGUGGUGGGUGGGUUGGCUACUUCUCCUAUGAUACAGUGCGUUAUGUUGAGACGAAAAAGCUGCCAUUUGCAAGUGCACCACCAGAUGACAGAAAUCUUCCUGAUGUUCAUCUUGGCCUUUAUGAUGAUGUGAUAGUCUUCGAUCAUGUGGAGAAGAAAGCACAUGUAAUUCACUGGGUGCAAUUAGAUCAAUAUUCUUCUGUUGAGGAGGCCUUCAAUGAUGGAAUAAAUAGAUUGGAAACAUUGGUAUCUAGAGUGCAUGACAUUAUCACCCCAAGGCUGCCUGCAGGUUCAAUAGAGUUCAACACUCAACUUUUUGGUCCUGAAUUGGAGAAUUCCAGCUUGACAAGUGAGGAAUACAAGGAGGCAGUUUUGAAAGCCAAAGAACACAUCCUAGCUGGGGAUAUAUUUCAGAUUGUCUUAAGUCAGCGUUUCGAGAGGCGAACAUUUGCAGACCCAUUUGAAAUUUAUCGAGCAUUGAGGAUAGUGAAUCCAAGUCCUUAUAUGACUUAUUUGCAGGCUCGAGGCUGUAUUCUGGUUGCUUCAAGUCCAGAAAUCCUUACACACGUCAAGAAGAGAACGAUCACCAAUCGACCGCUUGCUGGGACUGUUAGAAGAGGAAAAACAGCUAAAGAAGAUUUAAUGUUGGAAAAACAGCUUUUGAAUGAUGAAAAGCAAUGUGCAGAGCACAUCAUGCUUGUAGACUUGGGAAGGAAUGAUGUCGGGAAGGUCUCAAAACCUGGUUCUGUCAAGGUUGAGAAGCUCAUGAACAUCGAGCGUUAUUCCCAUGUCAUGCACCUAAGUUCUACGGUCACUGGAGAGUUACUUGAUGAUUUAACUAGCUGGGAUGCUCUACGUACUGCGUUGCCGGUUGGGACUGUCAGUGGAGCACCAAAGGUAAAAGCCAUGGAGCUGAUUGAUCAGCUGGAAGUAACCAGACGUGGUCCAUACAGUGGUGGUUUUGGAGGAAUUUCAUUUUCUGGCAAUAUGGACAUUGCACUUGCUCUGAGAACUAUUGUUUUCCCAACUAGCUUCCGGUACGAUACAAUGUAUUCAUACAAGGAUGUGAACAAGCGACGAGAGUGGGUUGCUCAUCUGCAAGCUGGGGCUGGAAUUGUGGCUGAUAGUGAUCCAGCUGAUGAGCAGAGAGAGUGUGAGAACAAAGCUGCUGCUCUUGCGCGCGCUAUUGAUCUUGCUGAGUCCUCGUUUGUUGAUAAAUGAAGUUUUUAUUCACCAACAGAACCUGUUUUCACCUUUUUUUCUUCAGCAAUUCCAAUUUUACACUCCAGAGUUGAGGUGAGGCAUGUGAUUUUGAUAAAAGUAAAAAGAUCUGAUGUUAGGACACUAUAUUAUGUCAGAUUAUGGGAAUGUACUGUUUAACCAAAUUAAUAACAAGCAUAUGCAAACCUUUUUGGUUAAUAACAAGCAUAUGCAAACCUUACACAAUUGCAAUAUCAAGGAAGCAGUGAGAUGAACUCUUCAUUCA